GAAAAAUAUCGACGACUGUUUGUGAGGUUAUGUUUCUCUCGGAACGGAGAUUUGUCAAUUCCUGCUAAAGCGCACGUGGACGAAACACGGUUUCCGCGCAUGUCAUUCGAAAGAAUGCGGCAGUAAACAACCAUCUGAAACACGAACGUGACCGAUAGUCGUCUUUUUUUUCGUCGAAGUGGACCACCGGAAAUUCGUAAGCCUAUAUUCGUAACUUCGAGCUUUUCAUCCUUGGUCCGAGUAUUCCAAGAGAACGAUGGGUCGCACGGUGACGGUCGCGGUAUGCACACUGAACCAAUGGGCGAUGGAUUUCGACGGGAAUUCCAGGAGGAUCCUGCAGAGCAUCCAGGAGGCUAAGGACGCUGGCGCUACUUACAGAAGCGGGCCAGAGUUGGAGAUAUGCGGUUACAGCUGCGAGGACCAUUUCUACGAGCCAGAUACUUUGCUCCACAGCUGGGAAGUGCUCGCAACGAUUCUGAAGUCGUCCACUGCCGAGGACAUACUGAUAGACGUCGGUAUGCCGGUUAUGCACAAGAACGUGACGUACAAUUGCAGGAUCGCCUUCCUGAACAGACGAAUUUUGCUCAUCCGACCGAAGAUGCAAUUGUGCGACGACGGGAAUUACAGGGAAUCCAGAUGGUUCUCCAUGUGGACCAAGGAACGCACAGUGGAGGACUACUUCCUGCCGCGAAUGAUAUCUCAAAUAACCGGGCAGACAGUGGUGCCGUUCGGCGACGCCGUGAUAUCUACAAGGGACACGUGCGUGGGCUUCGAGAUCUGCGAGGAGCUCUGGAACCCUAUGAGCAAUCACAUCCCCAUGUGCAUGGACGGUGUCGAGAUUAUCGCGAAUGGCAGUGGAUCGUAUUUUGAGCUUCGAAAGGGAUACGUCACCGUGGACCUCGUGAAAUCCGCUACAUUCAAGUCUGGGGGUUGUUACAUGUUCAGUAAUCUGCGUGGCUGCGAUGGUGGCCGAUUGUAUUUCAACGGUGGAUCCUCCAUCACUCUGAACGGACAGAUCCUGAAUCGUGGGAAGCAGUUCGCUCUGGAUGACGUGGAAGUCGUAGUCGCUACUUUUGAUUUGGAGAAUAUAAGGAGUUACAGGAACAACAUCAGGUCGCGUUCUCACGCGGCUGCCAGAUCGCCGAGUUACCCCCGCGUCAAAGUGGAUUUCGCUCUUACUUCCGACAACUUGAUUUCAAGCCCACCGGACCGACCAAUGGACGUUGACUUGGGCCCCUACGAGACCGAGCACGUAACAGGGAAGCUUGUCUAUCACACGCCGGAAGAGGAGAUAUCUAUGGCGCCUGCCUGUUGGCUUUGGGAUUAUCUCAGGCGUUCCUGUCAGGGUGGAUUCUUCCUACCCUUAAGCGGCGGAGUCGACUCCGCCUCUUCAGCGUGUAUGGUAUACUCCAUGUGCGACAUGAUCGUGGAUUCAGUGAACAAAGGAGACACUCAAGUGCUUUCGGAUAUCAGAAAGAUCGUCGGUGAUUGCGAGUACGUGCCAACGGAUCCGAAGCAACUGUGCAACACCAUUCUCGUCACGUGCUACAUGGGUACUGAAAAUUCAUCGGCCGAGACUAAAGCACGGGCAGCCGAACUGGCCGGUCAAAUCGGCUCUUACCAUCACAGUAUCGUGAUCGACGCGGCGAUCUCUGCUAUUCUGACCAUUUUCCAGCAAGUCACCAAGCUGGCGCCGAGGUUCAAAGUCCAAGGAGGAUCUCCUCGAGAGAAUCUAGCUCUACAAAAUAUACAAGCACGUUUGCGAAUGGUAAUCGCUUACUUGUUUGCCCAACUGAUGCUGUGGGUCAGAGGCCGGCCCGGUGGCCUUCUUGUGCUCGGUAGCAGCAACGUUGACGAAGCGCUUCGAGGCUAUUUCACUAAAUACGAUUGCAGUAGUGCCGACAUCAACCCAAUAGGUGGAAUUGCCAAGAAUGAUCUAAAAUCGUUCCUCGCUUAUUUCAGGCGGAAGCACAGUUUAUCCGCGUUGGACGGAAUUUUGGAUGCCCCGCCGACCGCGGAAUUGGAGCCUCUUCAAGGAGGACAACUCUCUCAGCUGGACGAAGUUGACAUGGGUAUGACGUAUAAGGAACUUGGUACUUUCGGUCGUUUAAGAAAGCAGGACUGUGCAGGCCCGUUCACAAUGUUCUGCAGGUUGGUUCACAUGUGGGAGAAAUGUUCUCCGAAAGAGGUGGCGGACAAGGUGAAACACUUUUACAGGUGUUACGCGAUCAAUCGACACAAAAUGACCAUCUUGACACCGUCCUGUCACGCGGAGACCUACAGUCCUGACGAUAACAGAUUCGACCACCGACCCUUCCUCUAUAAUCACACCUGGAAAUGGCAGUUUAAUGCGAUCGACGAUCAGGUGAAACGUCUUCUCUACGAGGAACCGCGAGCUCGAAAGGACGCUCCGAAGAUACCCGCGAAGCCCAGAUACAUGCCGUUCAGCUCCGUGAUUAGUAAUAAAACACAUCCCGGAGUAGUAGUUUAAACCGUAGCAGUGUAGCUCUCUCUGUCUCUUAUCAUUUUGACAUUGCAGCUGCGCGAGCGUACCGUAACGCGACAUCGAUAGGCGAUCCUACGCGCAACCUAUGGUGCCGUUCCAUUGGCGUUUAUGUUACCGUUAGAGAUCGAUCGUCGAGGAAGCCCGGUUUCC